AUGGAGCCUGUUUCAUUUGCAUUCGGAGCUGUGUCGUUUCUAGAGCGUCUCUCUGGCUUCGACAGAGCGAUUGCCCGCGUUGCCGAUCCCGCCCGACUCAGAUACGCUGUACGGGCCAAAACAGCCCUGGUGGCGAUCAUUGAUGACCUUGAAAGAUGGCAAAGGGCUUUUGACCCGUCGUGGUUCUUCUUGGCCCGGAUCUCAGUGCCGCUGAUUGAUGAGGAGCUCACAAGAGAGAGAGCGGAUCAAAGUGACGUCGUCUCGACAGUCGUGCAUCUACGCCAGGCUCACAAAACCAACCGCACUGACUCCGAGCCCCUUAACUCGAUGUUCCUGAGCGGGAAUUAUGCGAUCGACAAGCAGGAACUUAUCACAUCUUCCGUGUUUAUGGGCUAUCACGCAGACCAGAAGAUUAUUGUCGACCAUAUCCCCCUUAAAGAGUACAUGGAUGUGACCCAAACUACCAAGGAUGUCCGCAGCCUCGUUCGGGUUCUCUCAACCGUAGGCCCAGACCAUUUCGGCCUUCUCUCAGCUCUGGGUGUUAUCAAAACCACGGAAAAGGAGACGCUCACCGGCUUCAACAUUAUCUUCGCCGUUCCACCGCACCUCUCUCAAAGUCAGCCAAGAAGCCUGCGCUCCGUUCUCACAGCCGGCAACGAAUAUAAUCUCGAUGAAAGGUUCAAACUGGCCAUCUCUCUUGCUUGCUCUCUAGUCUAUCUCCAUUCCUCUUCCAUCAUCCAUAAAAAUAUCUCUCCCGAGAACAUCAUCCUCUUCCCUACGCCGGGAAGGUUGGGUGUCCCGUUCCUCGUCGGUUUCGAGCGCUUUCGCCCAUCCGAAGGCCGAACAUAUAUGACCGGUGACGCUAAGUGGGAGCGCAACCUCUAUCGUCAUCCCCGUCGGCAAGGCCUACACCCAGAAGAGGAGUAUAGCAUGCAGCAUGAUAUCUAUAGUCUUGGCGUCUGCCUAUUGGAGGUUGGGUUGUGGACUUCAUUUGUCCAGUAUAAAGGAUCUCGGCCCUUACUGGGACCUGGACUACCCAUUGGCGAAUUCCUGUGUGACCGGGACGGGCGGCGGUCCGCAGUGCAGAUCAAACAGACUUUACUUGAAAUUGCUGAGAGCCGUUUGCCGGUUUUAAUGGGUAAAAUUUAUGCAAACGUAGUGGUUUCUUGCCUAACCUGUUUGGAUCGGGACGGGAGUUUCGGAGAUAAGGCAGAGUUGGAGGAUGAGGAUGGGAUUUUGGUGGGCGUUCGAUAUAUUGAAAAGAUUGGCUCCCGGCUAUCUCAAAUUUACUAA